CCUUCAUACGCACCUUCAUCACUCAUUCACUACUUCAAUCACUCAUCAUUACUGGUGAUGGUGUCUUAAAAAGAUAUCAUCCCCUAACGUCCUAUUAGGUUUUUAUUUCUGCCACAUUGGGCCAUACAGCAUACAGCAUACCUGCCCAACCAGCCAACUUCCCCAAUUACUUUUUCCACCAAAUCAACCCGAAUCAAACCUUGAACCUAAGAACCCCGAGGCUAUUUACAGUUUAAUCGCCACUUUGUAACUCUGUUCUAGCCCCCAGAUGGCCAUGACUGAGACAUCUCCUCUCCCUACUGAUCGUCAAGAACGCUCGGGUCGUAGGCGGCCUUUCACAACAUGGGUCAAGAAGCUGGCCAACUUCAAGAAUGCCGCUUCCUCUGCCGAGGGAGGCCGACAUACUCAUUUUAAACGCGAUGCCAUCCCCAAAGGUGCCAAGAAACGUACAUCAAAAAAUAAUAACCCAUACCCGCAAUCUGGACGCAUCAGUAUUACCGUACCUACCCAUCAGAGCGAUCCCUCUUUCUCGACCUCUCGCAGCGCUAGGGUAUCAAAUCCAUCUCUACUCCAGGGAAGUCAGUCUUCUACGCGAAUAUCCACCGAAGAAGCCGGGCCCCCUACCGCCGGUGCCCCGUCCGUAGCACAUACUACAUCGACCGACUACGAUGCUGCCCAAUCUCUUCACGCUCCUUCGCAUAUAGCAUCAUCAGUCGCCGGUACAAGUCGUACUGCGGGUGGAGGUCUCGAAUCUCGAAGGGGAGGAGACAGUACUUUCUCCUCGCCUGCGCCCUCUGUGCGGUCUCUAACUACCACGCUCACUACCAUCCAAUCUUUGGGGCCGAAUGCUGCAGUCAAUGCUCCAACUCAUGGGGGCCACUCCUCCAACCAAGGCAACUACCAGACUAUCCAAUUUACCCAGCCUUUCCCUACCAACUCUCCCGCCUCGGCCAUCCCGCCGUAUCUAGCACCCCACUCGAUCCCCGGCCAUCCAACCACCUACAAUUCCGCCACUGCGAACAAUCUUCUCACCGAUAAUGCGUCGAUUCUUACAUUGGCUUCCUCCAGCAAGAGGCGUCGCCGAAGGUCCAUGGAUACCGAUGCCUCGGUACGUGCUCUUGCCCCGUCUUCGCUUUGGGGAGGUAGCCGCGAAUCCUUGCCGCUGAGCGUCCUCAGUGCCAAUAUCGAUGGUAGCGGUGGUCGUGAUAUGUCAACCCCAGGUCUGCACCAGUCCACCUCACGAAUCGCCGGUACCAACGAACGUACAAGCAUCUACUCCACGACCGGAAUUACCCCUACUUUAUCUGGCGAGCGCAACAGUUUCUAUGCAAAGCAGAGCCUCGCGGGUGAUGGUGCCAGCGUGCGUAGCGGCUUGCUCAAUCACGGCCGCGCUGAUAGCAUCAGCGGAAGCGUCGGUGGCGUAAACAGCCCCCUCACCUCUCCGCGAGAGGCGGCAGAAAAGGGUGCCGUAGCUGAAGAGAAGGACGAAAACCUCGUGUCGAUGGACAAGGAAUAGAAGAAAUCCGGUUGAGAAGGGCACGCACAAAAGAAAAGGGGCUGGAUGUGGAUAAAGAACCGAACGCCUCCGUAGCGUAGUGAUUUGGAAGAACUCAGUCUCAGUGUUCAGCGGGCUUACUGGUAUAUUAGGACAGACGGGUAUGAUAAUGGUUCUGUUUUUGCGAUUGCGACGACGUCCCACGACACUAUUUCGCGGUGGGCGAUGGGCGAUGGACAGGGAGUUUCUGUUUUUGUUUUUUUUCCCUCUAUUUUCCUGUCUUCCAUUUUUCCUAUUUGUGUUUGGGAUGGCUUCUAGGCUACGGAAGACAUGCGGGCAGGCAGGCAGGCAACGGCUGGAAUUGAUGGCGAAAUUAGAUACCCGUUUACUGUACUUGUAACUGAAUUCUAGAACAAGAUUGCGAUUGAGUUGCUCUUAUUACCUACCGGUAGUCUUUGAACCACG